CGGGGCAGCCGAGCCCAUGUCGGCCCUGAGGCGCUCCGGCUACGGCCCCAGCGACGGUCCUUCUUACGGCCGCUACUACGGGCCCGGGGGCGGCGAUGCGCCGGUGCCCCUGCCUCCGCCCUUGUACCCUCCUGUGCGCCCCGAGCCUCCGCAGCCUCCCGUCUCCUGGCGGGGCCGCGGAGGCGCCCCGACCGAGACCUGGCCGGGGGAAGGCGCGGGGGGCGACGGCUACUACGCCUCUGGAGGGGCCUGGCCGGAGCCGAGUCGAGCUGGCGGCGGCCACCAGGAACAGCCACCAUAUCCUGGCUAUAAUCCUAACUACUGGAAUUCUACACGACCCAGGGCCCCAUACCCAAGCACAUAUACAGUGAGACCAGAGUUACAAGGCCAGAGUUUGAAUUCUUAUACAAAUGGAGCCUACGGUCCACCAUAUGGCCCUGGCCCUGGCACAGGUACUGCCUCAUACUCAGGGGCUUAUUAUGUACCUGGCUAUACUCAAAGCAGUUACUCCACAGAAGUUCCAAGCACUUAUCGUUCUCCUGGCCACAGCCCAACCCCAGUCUCUCGUUGGAUAUAUCCCCAGCAGGACUGUCCGACUGAAGCACCCCCUCCUAGGGGACAGGCUCCAGGGUAUCCUGCUCCACAGAACCCUGGAAUAAACCUGCCCCAUUAUUCAUAUGGGGAUGGCAAUCGCAGUGUGCCACAGUCAGGACCAUCUAUACGGCCACAGGAAGAAGCCUGGGCUUCUGGUUCUUACGGGAUGGGUGCCCGUUACCCUUGGCCUUCAGCUGCACCCUCAGCACCACCUGGGAAUCUCUACAUGACUGAAAGUGUUUCACCAUGGCCUGCCAACAGUUCUCCUCAGCCACCUCCCUCACCACCAUCCCAACAACCAAAGGAUUCCCCAUACCCUUGUAGCCAAUCAGAUCAAAGCAUGAACCGGCACAACUUUCCGUGCAGUGUCCAUCAGUACCAGUCUUCGGGAACAAUGAACAGCGACGAUUCAGACCUUCUGGAUUCCCAAGUCCAGUACAGUGCUGAGCCUCAGCUAUAUGGUAAUGUCACCAGGGAGCAUCCCAGCACCCAGGAGCAGAGUGACAGUCUUCCUGAAGCAUGUUUGUCUUCUGAGGAAGGUGCUCCUCCAAGUAUUAAGAAGAUCAUACGAGUUCUGGAGAAGGUUCAGUAUCUUGAGCAAGAAGUAGAAGAAUUUGCGGGGAAGAAGACAGAUAAAGCCUACUGGCUUCUGGAAGAAAUGUUGACGAAGGAACUUUUGGAACUGGAUUCUGUUGAAACUGGGGGCCAAGGCUCUGUCCGUCAGGCCAGGAAAGAGGCUGUUUGUAAGAUACAGGCCAUACUGGAAAAAUUAGAAAAAAAAGGAUUAUGAAAGGAUUUAGUAUAAACCUGUUACUUACUUGGCCAAAGAACUCUUGAAUUUGGUUAGCUUUUUUUUUUUUUUUUUCCUGAAAUGCCUGUCGACAAGAAGCAAUACUAACUUCUCUUUGAUUUAAAGUUUUAAGAGAAGAACAGUUUGCAAUGCCGGCAGAAGAUUGGAAGAACAUUGGAGUUGAGGGUUUUUUUCUUUUCCUUCACUUUUCAGGUAAAUGUGGUAGAAACUGGAAUUCUCAGUAUUGCCAAGCCAACUCAGUCAAGAUAUUCAUGGAUAUUUGCAGGCUGCUUCUUGUCAGCAGGAGGGAAAUAUCCGUUAAGUAACAGGCUAGCACAGACUAUACAAUCUCAGACCAGCAGGCUUUGCUCUUGUGGACAUUUGGAUUGUCAUUGUUUGUACAUCGUGACUGAUACACUUUACAUAUGUAUUAUAGCUUAGACUUGAGCUUUCUUGGACCACUGUUUUGUUUGUUAUUUGCAGUUUACAAAUAUAUCAUUAUUCUCUACUUCUUGGUACAUUUUGUAGUAAUACAUUUACUAUAAUUAUUCAAGAGUCUAUAUUAACAGCUGGAUAGAAUGACAGUUCUGAAUGAAUUUAUGUCCUUUCACCAUUUGAAUAUAUUGCAAUGUGUAGUGAGUUCUUGAAGUUAAUUGUCUCCCUUUUUGUAAAGUUAGAAGAGUUCUACUUUUCAGAGCAGGAGAGGAGGUGAAUUUGGAAAUUAGAUUAGCAUAAGAAUGAAAAUUUUAUUUCUUUGCUUUUCGUUGUAUUUGGGUAAAACUUAACUUUAAAAUUACUCUUUUUGAAUGAAGUAUAAUGUUUCACUAUUGCAAUUUCUAUAGAAGCCCUUAUGAUUAAAAACAUGAAUUAAAUGCCACCGUGAGUAGAAAUAACUGCAAAAAAGGAAGAAUAUGAUCAGUUGAUAAUAUUGCUCUCCAUUUGUUUCUGGGGCAUAUUAGAGCUCAGUUUAUCCUUAAUGAAAAGGGAAGGAGAUUCAUGCUCAGGGAAUGAGUCAGCCAUAGCUAGGGUGGGGAAAUUAAGUGUUUUCAUUUAGGUUUGGCCUUUAUUUCCUAGAACAAAUUUCAUAGAACUGCCUGUUUCAUAAAAAGAUGUUAUUAUUAUUAUUAACAAUCAUUGUAGAGCCAAAUUGAAGACAUGGAUAUUGAGGAGUUGAGGAGGUGGUUCAGUCAGUAAAGUGCUUGCCUUGCGAGUGUAAGGGCCUGAUUUGACCCCCCAGGACCCAUGUAAAUGCCAGGCAUGUUGGUACAUACUUGUAAUCCCAAUGCUGGGGUGGCAGAGACAGGAGGAGGUAUGGAACUCACUGGCCAUCUGGCUUAGUCUACUUGGUGAACUCCAGGCCAGUGAGAAACCCUGUCUCAAAAAAGGAUGCCCUUCUUUUGUCCUCUGCCCUUGCUUGAGUAUCCAUCAUUGUUUUAUAGAUGCUUAGGUAAAUGAUUUUCCUUUUAUCUUUGUCAUGUAAGGUAAGAUUGAGUACACAGUAUCUGCUUUUGCAAGAACAGCAAUUUUCUAAUAAGCUAUCACAGCAAUAUAUUUUUUUAGAUUAAGAGGUUUAUUAGUAAUACUAAGUCCGUAGCCACAUCCUCCUUUCACAGUCUGAUGCUAACAUUGGAUGAGGAGAAGAAUUGGAGUAAAAUAUUGUCUGAGUCUUACAGUUGGGAUGAAUGAUUUGGUGUAUGUGACAAUUUUAUUGUAGAAUUCACUCAUUUUGGCUUAAUACAGGAAUAUUUCUAAAAGGCUUUUCUAUGAAAAUCCAUAUAUACUUCAGGAUAAAAAGUAAGGAGAAACCUUAAAACUGUGUUACUAAUGAGACAAUGACUAAUUCAGAAGAAAACAUUGCUGUUUAAUUUAGUGGAUGCUCAAGAUACAGUUGCACAAGUUCUUGAUUUAUAUAUAUAUAUAUAUAUGUUCAUGUUAUACACAAAUAUAUGUGUGUAUGUGUAUCUUAAGUUAUUUUUCUAAACUGCUGAGAUGUUUUAAAACUUACAGAAGAAUUGUAAAAAAAAAAAAGUUCUCAUGUACCCUUGAUCCAUCGUCCCCUUAUUUUGACAUUUUACUUAGGUAGAACAUUUGUUAAAAUUAAGAAGUUAAUGUCAUUACAAUGCUAUUAAUAUUAACUGAAGUAGGGAGUUAAAAGUAGAAAUGUUAUGAGCCUUUUCGCUAGCAUUCUCUUAACUGUGCCAGGCUCUUUUUUUUUUUUCCUAACAUUUAGCAUCUGCGAAUUUGACAAUGUAUUGUGAGAAGAUACCUGAUGUUGUGAUGUGUUUCUUGUGUUACUAUUGAUCACCACGCUCAAGUGGUGUCUGCUAGGAUUUUCUGCUAUAAGCUUACCAUGUUUUCCUUUAUUAUUACUAAAGAUUCACUAGAGAUACUUUGAGACUAUGCAAAUGUCCUGUUUCUGCUUAAAAUUUACCUACUCUUCUUACUAUCUGUUGGCAGAUCUUACCUUGUGACAGUUACUGUGGUGUUUUAGUGGUAAUUUUCUAUUAGUCUCACUUCUACCUUUAAUAAUUGGGAUGUAGCCUCUGAAUUUAUAUUUUUUAAUUACAAUAAGAUAUUCAGGAUAGGUAUAAAAUUAGAUCUUAUGGAUGUAAACCAUGCUAAAAUUAUUUCAAAUGCUAGUAUCAAUGAAAAGAAAGCUAAGUUGUUAACAUGUCUCAGAAAAUAUCAUGAACUUAAGGAAAACAGUAUUUAUGAUUUACAAAAUUUGUUCAGUUUUUUACUUAAUACUGACUUGAAACUGAAAUUAGUUUUCUUUAGAAAUUGCACAGCACAUCCAAACUUUUUAAGAGUGUCUAAAUUUAUAUUACUUUGGGAAUCUUUUUUUUUCUUUUUGUCAAAAUCUUGAAUAAAGUUACCUAGACCUGGCAUGAUAAA